AAGCCAGAAGAUGGCAUUCUUGAGAAAAGGUUUGUAAAGAGGGAAAACAUCUUUUAUUAGACACUGGGCAUGUUUUGUCCUAACCCGCACCAGACGGGUUUGUUUAGCACUUGCCUUUCUUGCCUUUUGAUCUCUAGUAAAUAAUGACUGCUAUGUGCAUAGCGGUGGGUGUGUUUCCUCUGCCCAGAUUGCAAUACGAAGGCAGGAGCAAGAUUGUGGACAGCAUCCUUCAGAAAGUGCUGUCAGGUCUGUUACCAGGACCGAAGAUGUCUCCGUUCUGGGCUGUCUUCCUCCUCUGCAGCCUGAUGACCCCUUCACAAGGAUAUAGAAUCAUGCCCUUGGCUCCGCAGAUGCAUGUAGAUGAUAUUAAAGAUUCUCUGGCCAAACGUGACGUCCGGAAACCUAAAGGUGGUCUCCUUGGUGGCAACCUGCUUGGUGGUCUCCUUGGAGGAAAUGGUCUCCUUGGUGGUGUCCUUGGGCAAGAUGGUCUCCUCGGAGGAGAAGGCCUCCUUGGUGGUGUCCUUGGACAAGAUGGUCUCCUCGGAGGAGAUGGUCUCCUUGGUGGUGUCCUUGGACAAGAUGGUCUCCUUGGAGGAGAUGGUCUCCUUGGUGGUGUCCUUGGACAAGAUGGUCUCCUUGGAGGAGAAGGCCUCCUUGGUGGUGUCCUUGGACAAGGUGGUCUCCUUGGAGGAGAUGGUCUCCUUGGGGGUGUCCUUGGACAAGAUGGAGUCCUUGGAGGUCUCCUUGGUAAAGAUGGUGUCCUUGGAGGUCUCCUUGGCAAAGAUGGUGUUGUUGAUGGUCUCCUUGGCAAAGAUGGUCUUGUUGAUGGUCUCCUUGAUGCUGUCCUUAACAUUCUUUUUGGCGAAGGUGGUCUCCUUGGCAAAAAUGGUCUCGUUGGCAAUCUUCUUGGUGGAAAUGGUGAUCUCACAGGGCUCAGGAUCCUCAACAACACCCUCCCCAGAAUAAGCCUGCGCUCGCUGCCCGGCUUUGGGCACCAGGUGGACUUCAACACCCGGCUGCUGAUAGACAGCUCCAGCAUCCCGGGCUUGCCGCGCUGCGUGCAGGUGGAAGCAGAUGUGGGUGCACUGGUCCAGGACAAGUGGGCAGCCCCCCAGAGCACCCAGGAAUGCCAGACUGUUGACGUAAACGUCAGUGUGAGCCCCAAAGUGCCUGUCCUGGAUGAGGCUCUAAAACGCUUCCUCAGUGAUGUGCUGCGGGAGAUGGGGUGCAACAUCAUCAACACCAGGCUCAGUGUGGUGAGCUCGCUGCUCGGCUCCAGGACCCCCGCGCUCCCACUGGGGGCUCUGGGAGAUCUGCCCAACUUCUCCAUCCUCGGUGCUGACACCAUCCAGCUGGAUCUCGAUCUCCCUGUCGGGGACACGGAGGGUGCUGUGGGGGCCCCCACCACGCAGGGACCCCCCCUCACUGCCAACCUGCUGCUGGCCACCAGGCGCCCGCCUCAGCUCAGCCUGUCCCAACGUGCCCUCGGCGUCCUGCUGGAGCUGGCCCAGGAGCAGGGAGCCUUCAACCGCAGCAUCACCAGCUCCAUGGUGCCCAAUAGCAUCUCGCUGUCCACAUCUGCCCUCCUCCCGCUCAUCCCCCAGCUCGCCAAGGUCCUCCCCGGCUCCCUGCCCCUGGAGCUGCGCGUGCGGGUGGCCAACGAGCCAGUGGUCACCGUGAGGGAUGGGAAAGCCACCGCCACCCUCAAAGCCUCCAUCGACGUCCUCAGCCCUGCCCUGCAGUCUGCCCAGAAGCUGCUCUUCUCCCUGGAUGCGGACAUCGUUCUGAGCAUCACCCCAUCAGUCUCCGACGGCAAACUCCAAAUGUCUGUGGCUCUGGACAGGUAG